AUGGCAGAAAUUCUGUCUAUUAUCAGCGCGGCUACUGGCCUGCUCAGCUUCGCCCUGGCGACACUCCCAAGACUGGACCAAUUCCGUCGCCACUUCAACGACACUGAUCUGCAGAAGGAGUGGUAUCAGACGCAGAUGGUUUCCGUCCACACAAAGCUCGAUAUAUGGGAGCGUUUCUGGUGUGGUCAUGCCUACACACUCCAAGACUACCAGUACUUCUGGGGAACACUGGGCUACGAGAGUGUGAGAACCAAGAUGCGGCUCAUCGAGGCCGAGUUGAUUGCCAUUGCAACGCUUUUGGAGCGCAAGACGAACGAAGCGGCUCAGAUGAUAGAGACCCAUGCCAGCCUUAGGAAGCGGUUCGCCUUUGCCCUCUUUCGGGGCGCGGAGCUAGAAGAGAGAAUCAAGAGGCUUCAGGAAAAGGUCAAAGAUCUCGAGUCAUUUUCCCAGGAGAUAUUCCACACCAUCCAACUUUCCCUUCCCCAGGAUGAGACGCUCGAAGUCACGACCCUGUCUCGGCUUCUCAACCGCAAGAAAUGGAUGGAGAAACAAGAAAACAUCUUCAAAUACUUGUACGGUCUGUCUACUGAUGCGGGCUGGUCCUUGGUACUUGCGGUCCCCGGCAAGGACAUGUCAUUUGAUGACGACUCCGGGCUUUGGACCACCUUUGACAUCCAAAGAUUCGCUGGGUCAAGGAGGAACCUGGGCCUUGCGUCCUUCUUUUCGACUAGUUUGAAGGCAGCUUUCUCAUGGUAUAAAGCCCUUUCCAACAAACGAAGCCCGAGGGAUCCUCUGAGGAGAGACCCAUACCUCAGUAGUCGCUUCGCUGAGCCGCGCCGCCGCGAUGAUGACCUCAGAGUUAUGCUGGCUGAGGCAGCGAUUGGUAUUGUUGAUUGGACCAUGCUUCUCUGGGGCACUCCGUGGACUGACGGGAUCUGCACCUGUGGGUUGCGGUUCGUGACAGCGACGCUCUCUAAUGGUUCAACACAAAUGGCCGUCACCUUCCAGCGCAGAAUACGUUGCGAUAAGGACCAGUUCGGGCACAUUGGGACUGUCCAAGCCCGCAAGGCGUUGCUACUAGGCAUUUCCCUGGCUGAGUUUGCCCUGACACGGCCCGUCAAAGUCAAGAUGAACGAGAACGGAGAGCCUCUAUUCUGCACCGGGGACAACUGGGGCCCUGAGAUGGAGCUUCUUGAUGAUGUAGCAGCACGAGCCGGCCGCCCGUACCGUGAGGCUGUCUGGUACUGUUUCAAGUAUGACCGGGACCUGGUGAAUAAUCGCUAUUUCCGCCCCCAUCACUUCCUCUUGUUCCAAGAACACGUUGUCAAGCAGUGA